AUGAGCCGUGGCUUUGAAUUCUACUGCGCUGUCGGUAACACUGCGAAACAGAAUAUUGAAUUUGUGAAGAAGCCCAUUGAACUGCUGGUGUUAGCUCUGGGAGGAUCACUUUUCGCUGGAGCAAAUAUGACUCGGCUGGCGCAGAAUCUGGCAAGCUUUUAG